AUGGCCAGGCUAUUCAGAUCAUUGAUGCUGGCGGCGGCCGCGUCUGUGACGCCCGUCUGGUCGCUCUGCUCGCACAACACUUUCCUCCACCCGCGAGAGGAGGGCAAGGCAGUCGAAGUCAAGAAGUUCGGAUACAUUGGCGUCACCGGUCCGAUGUUCUGGUCAUCGUUGGCGCCCGAGAACACCGCCUGCUCCACGGGAAGACGACAGUCGCCUAUCGAUAUGACGGGAACAUCAUUCAAUAUGGUACCCUCGUCUGAAAUCCAGAUCGACAUCCCCGAUUUCACUGAGGGCACCGAGUUCGAGAACCUCGGAACCACCAUCGAGGUCAUUGCGAAGGGCGGCUCCAUGACUUUCGGUGAGAAGCAGUACACCCUGCAGCAGUUCCAUUUCCACUUGCCUAGCGAGCACCUGGACAAUGGUACAAGUAGAGCCAUGGAAAUGCACAUGGUCUGGCAAACCGAGAACCAGGAACUUGCUGUCAUCGGCACCUACAUUGACGUCGCCAUCGAGGCUGGUUCCGCACGUAUCAUUCCUCCCGUCGCUGCUCCGGCUCCUCCUGCUCCUCCGGCUCCCAGCGGCGUUCCUGUUCCCCCUCACACCAACAAGACCGCCCCAGAUGCACCAGCAGCCAGGUUCCGCAUCAGGGGAAGCAGAAGCCAUAGAGAGCAAGAAGUCAUUAUGCCUCCUUCUACCAACGAGACGGUCCCAGUGCGCCCUGUGCGUCCAGACGCCCCAGUCUCCGAUGCGCCUACCGUCCUUCUCGAGACCAUCUUCAGCACUGUCGACGCCAUCCGCACGCCCGGCACCGUGGUCAACAUCUGGAAGUCGGGUCACUUCCAGGGUUACAUCGGGUCCCUCACCACCCCUCCCUGCAGUGAGGGCGUCAUGUGGCUCGUGUCGACGCAGACGCUCAGGAUCUCGCCUUUGACGUUUGAAAAUGUUCGUAGUGUCAUCGGCUUCAACUCGCGCUUUACGCAGAAUGCGCCCGGUCAGGAUAAUAUCCUUGCUAAGGCAGGCUGCGCCGCAGCCGGAACUGAGUGA